AUGUCUAGAUAUCCAGGUUCAGGUGACUCAACUGCUCCCACUGAGCAGAUUGGUGGGAAAGCCGAGUUUCCCAGCAAGACGAAUACAAUGGCCCAAGCCAACUCAUCCCCCGGUAUCCGACAACGUGUUUGGGGCUUAGAAGCGCGUCUGGAUCCAUAUGUGACUUUCGAAGAAUACACAUACUGGGCAAAGAUUGAGCGGGAAAUGGAGGAUGAAGAACAACGUCGCUAUACGCCUAUCGAAUCUGGCAGUGGUGUCAUUGCAUCAAUUAAAGGUUUAUUUUUCAAGAACGCCUUCAAUGAUUCAAAGGUUCACAACUCGCGCGCGUUGCAGGGCAACGAGGAAUCUACCCAGUGGUCCGACAACAAGACAGGCGUGGCUGUCAACAACGAUGAGAAAUCCGUCAGUCCAACCCAACACUCUGAUGUGUACGACCUGGAUGCCGAAUGGCGACAGGCCUCUCGAGCGCUACGCAAUGCUAGCUGGGGAGCCAUCUUCUACCUGAUCACAACCGAUAUUUUGGGCUGGUCCCAAACUCCGUAUGUAUUUGCCAACACUGGUUACGGCCUCGGUGUCGGCAUUUUCCUGCUCAUGGGUAUUGCUGCCUUUGCAUCUGGAAUAAUGAUUUGGCGGACCUUCCUUGGUCUCGACUCGUCCCGGUUCCCGGUUAUGAGCUUUGGUGACCCAUUCUUUCGUCUGUACGGUCCCAGAAUGCGCCACUUCAUCAAUUUUAUGCAAUCUCUCCAGAUGUUUUUGAGUGUCGCUGUCGUUCUUCUCGGUAACACUGGUAUUAUUGCCCAACUUGGUGGAAGCGCCAAUCUCUGCUUUGUUGUUUGCGGUGUUAUCUCCCUCGUCGUCGGCAUGGCCAGCGGUUAUAUGCGAUCCCUCAAGCACCUCGGCUGGUUCUGUAACUUCUCGGUGUGGAUCAACAUCACCACGUUCGUCAUUAUUUGCGUCGCUGCGGCCAAGUACGGCCCCGAUCCUACUGCCGCUGUUCAGAAUGGCAUUCUGCCUAAAGCAUGGAAAGAUGUAGCUACAAUGGCGCCGGUCAAGACUUUUAUUAGCACUCCGCCAGUAGAAUAUCAGCCUACUGACUCCAACCUGUUUGCCGCUCAAUUCAACGGUAUCAACAGCAUGGUUUACGCCUACUCUGGGGCUGUACUGUUCGCCGCUUUCUUAUCGGAGAUGAAACGUCCUAUGGACUUCUGGAAGGGUUUGCUCGUUGCGCAGACAUUCAUCACUGUUGUAUACAUCUUUUUCGGUGCUUUCGUGUAUAACUACUACGGCCAGUACAGCUAUAGCAACGUCAAUCAGUCUGUUAACCCAGAGAGACUCCAAGUUGUCGGAAAUGUGCUCUCACUUUUGACCGGUUGGCUUGCCGUUUUUCUUUACUUCAACGUUGGCAUGAAGACUGUCUACCUUGAGAUCGGCCAAGAAAUCUGCGGCCUCCCACCUAUCACAACAAAGAAGGGCAAAUAUCUUUGGUGGGGUCUCGGUCCCGUGUAUUGGGUCAUUGCUUUUGUGGUCUCCAUGUCUGUUCCGCAGUUCAGUGCCUUCACCAAUUUCGUAGGGGGAUUGUUCAGUCUGAACUUCACCUACUCGCUUUCUGGAGUCAUGUACCUAGCCUACAAGAUUCAAGAUGGCGCCAGACUUCCACACGAAGGAUUUGAUCCUGUCACUGGUGAGACCACACGUUUCGAUGGCGGUAUUCGAAGAUGGACACGUGGAUUUAUCAAGACCUGGUAUCUCAGCGUGCCCGUUCUCAUAUAUACCCUUUGUGGUUUUGCUACAUCGGGUAUGGGUACUUGGGCUGCUGUCUCAGCUCUUGAAUCAGCCUUCGGUCCUGGGGGCUCAGUUGAGAGCUCUUGGACUUGUGUCAACCCGUACUACACUGGGUGA